UGUACGUGUCACAUUCUCAAAAAUUCUUCUUUAAAAAAAAAAAAUUCCCGGCAGCUAUUUAAAUUUGAUCCUUGUCAUAGAAAAAAAUAGAAGCCAUUCUCUGGUUCCUUCUCUGAGACUCGCGAUCAUCUCUCUUCUGAUUCAUUUCUUCAGGGAAAUCACUGUAUGAAAUGCAGAGGGAAAGAGAAGGUAGAAGUGAUCUCUUUGAUAUGGAUGAUCCAUUUACUAUUUUCCGAGGCUUUGGUGGUUUUGGAUCCCACAGGAGUAUGAUGCCUAGCCUGUUUGGAGGAAGGCAUCCAUUUGAUGAUCCAUUCUUUACUCGUCCUUUUGGCUUCUCUGAACCUGGCAUGUUUGGUCAAAGAACUUCAUCCAGGAAUACACCACAGACCAAUGAAGCAAAGGGAAUAGUCAUUGAAGAACUAAAUUCUGAUGAAGAGGGAGAAAAAGAAGAAGAUAAAGGUUCUGGGGCACGUUCUGGUUCAAGCAAACAACCUUGUGUUGAGCAUCCGGAUGAUAUUGAGACUGAUGAGAGUAAGAGUGUGAAUCAUAUAAACCAUCACAACAAGGUGGAAGGGACGCAGGCUCAGGCUUGCGGUUUUAGUUUUCAGACUUGCAAAGUUACAUAUGGAGGUGUUGAUGGAGCUUAUUAUACUUCUACACGAACAAGAAGGGCUGACAAUGAUGGUAUGGUUCUUGAGGAGAGCAAAGAAGCAGAUACAACAACGGGUCAAGCAACACAUAGGAUUUCUAAAGGGAUUCGUGAUAAGGGCCAUUCUGUUACAAGGAAGCUUAAUGCAGAUGGUAAGGUGGAUACAGUGCAAACUCUACACAAUAUGAAUGAAGAUGAGCUUGCUGGUUUUGAAAAAUCUUGGAGAGGGAAUGCAAAACCUGGUUGGAGUGAUGGAUUUAAUAGGCUUCAUAAUGCAGGUUCAAGUAGUGAUGACCAAAGUAGGAAGGCAACUGGAGGUGGCUGGAUGCUUCCAUCCACUGAGGGAGCCCGGAGUGCCAGAGGAAUGAUACCUGAUAAUGGAGGCAGGACUGCUUCUGCAGGCACAACUAAAAGGGUAGUUAGAAUUAAUAUAGAAUGAUUCAAGCGUCUAUUCUAGUUAUCAUCCAUAUGGAAUUAGUAUUUGGCAUGGCAGUCUUUUUUUCCAACAGUCUACUAUAGCUGUUAGGAUUUGUUGUGUUUCUGCUCGAGAUCAUUUAAAACUUCUAUUUGUUGUGGUCCGCAAUGAUUGUUGUGUUUCAAAAUCUGUAUAAAUAAAUGUGUCUAUAGCCUUUGGAUAAGAAAAUGAGCUGAUGAUUGUGCUUUGCGGUGGUGA